AUGGCAGAAGAAAGUUUAACAUUAGCUUGUGAUAACAAUGAUAGUAUUGAGUAUCAUAUAGUAACUUUAUUUGAGAAAAUUGAAGAGUUACGUCGCAACAAUUGUGAUAAAAAUUUAUCGAUUAACGAUGAUUAUCGUACACAUCGCGGUGGAGUUAAUCAUAAAUCGAUACAUGUGGAAUUACGGAGUGUUGAAUUUUGGCGAUCAGUUAUAGCAGAAUGUAUGGCAUCCUUCUUUUACGUUUUUAUUGUUUGCGGAGCAGCUGCCGGAUCUGGUGUCGGUGCUUCCUUAUCAUCUGUACUUCUUGCAACUGCUCUCGCAACUGGUUUUGCAAUGACUACGUUAACACAUUGUUUUAUACAUAUUUCAGGUGCGCAUAUAAAUCCCGCAGUAACAUUGGCAAUGGCUGUGACGCGAAAUGUGUCACCGAUUCGUGCUAUUAUGUUUUUGUUAGCACAAUGUGGCGGAAGUAUUGCAGCGGCAGCUGUACUUUAUGGAGUAACAGUGCCAAAAUAUACUGGUAAUCUAUCAGCAGCUGUUGCCCAAACCGUACAUUUAGCAACAUGGGAACGAUUUGGUGUUGAAUUUGUUUUAACAUUUAUCAUUGUAUUUACAUAUUUUGUAUCAAUGGAUUCAUAUCGUAAAAGUUUAUUUAAUUCGUCAGCUUUAACGAUUGGUGCUGCAUAUACAACUUGUACAUUCGUAUCGAUGCCCUAUUUGAAUCCAGCUCGUUCGUUAGGACCAUCAUUUGUAUUAAAUAAAUGGGACAAUCAUUGGGUGUACUGGUUUGGACCAAUGGUUGGAGGUGUUUUGUCUGGUUUAAUCUAUGAGUUUAUAUUUCAUUCGAGAAGACGAUUUCAAUCGCAAAACGGAAAAUCAAAACAUCAUCAUCACCAUCACCAUCGAUCAAUCGAUGGUGUCGAUGAAUCGAGUACUCGAAGCAUGCCGUCCUGUGAUGACGACGAUGACCACGAUAACUAUGACGAUUUAGAGAAAGCGGCUAACAUGAAUAAAUACCAUGGUUCACAACAUGGAGGUGCUUCUAAUUACAAUACGUAUCGCGCUGCUCCACCACCCACCAUGGGUGCAAACAUCAAUGCAGCUGCUGCAGGAACAACAAAUGGUAUCAUGAGCACAAUCGGUGGUAUCAAUUACUGUCAAAAUUCCCAAACAUACGGCACCACAAAUCUUCAACAUCAAACUACAAAUCAUCAAUCCACAACAAAAUUAAAUCGUGUUGAAUCAAUAUACGGCGGUACAAAAUCACUUUACUGUAAAUCACCACCGUUAACACGUGCAAACCUAAAUCGCUCACAAUCAGUUUACACCAAAUCGAACUGUAACAUCAAUUUAUUGCUGCCACGUUCGGGUCCACUAAUACCCGCUCAAAGUAUGUAUCCAAUUCGAAUCGUUCAACAGCAACCGAAUCAACAAUCGCCGAAUAAUCAACAACAAAAUCAACAUCAAAUCUCAUCAAAUCAAGCACAUGUACAAAAUCAAAACGUACAAAAUCAAAUUCAACAACAAACUUCAAGUAAUCAACAACAAACAAACACAAAUCAACAGAUUCAACAAACAAAUCAACAAAUUCAACAACAAGCGGUCGUGAAUCGUUCAAGUGAUCCAAAUUACGGGGUGCUACCACUUAACAUGCAAAAUACGUUGGCCAGACAACAGCAACAGAAUCAACAACAAACAAUCAACAACAAUGGUGGGGGAAGUAACACAAAUUAUAAUACAAUUGAAAUGAUACGACCAUCACCACCACCUCCAUUACCUCCACCAUCUUCAUCGUCAUCAACAUCAUCAACAACAAUUACGAUGCGGGAGAGGGAGCGAGAUAGAGAUGCAUCAUCAUAUCAUCAUCAUUAUCAACAUCAAAGCUCACAUCAUCAACAAGCAUCACAUCAUCAACCAGCGCAACAUCAUCAGAAUCAUCAUCAAAUCAACAGAACUUUACAGCAACAACAACAACAACAGCAACAAUGUAAUACAUUAACAUUACCGCCACAAUAUAAAUAG